AUGCGCGGAUACUCUUUCGUCGAAAAGGCAGCCAUCAUGGCGGGGUUGGCUAGCAGCGUUGAUGCUUUCUGGCGUAUGCCAUGUCUAUCUCGAACUGGACUGGCAAGAGUUGAUCCCUUGGUCAAUCCUGGGGUUUCCUCUCCACAUGCACAUGUUAUUCAUGGAUCUAGCGGAUUUGGAGAGUCUUCAGGCUACGAUGAUUUAAUGGCCGGAAACUGUACUUCAUGUCAAGUGUCUCAAGACAAAUCUGUAUACUGGACCCCCGCGCUCUAUUUCCGUGAUGAUGCUACUGGACAGUACCAAUUAGUUGAACAAGUGGGGGGUAUGCUUGCGUAUUACCUUCUUUAUGGAGAGAAUGUAACUGCUUUCCCCAGAGACUUUGCUAUGAUUGCAGGAAAUACUGAUGUCCGUAACUUCUCCGAUUAUGCUGUUCCUGAUGUUGAUAAAUCAUCCUGGGCAAGCACGUCUCCAUAUAACACCCAAGAUUUCCUCCGACAAGCUGCUGUUGGCUUCAACUGUUUGAACUAUCCCAAAAACGAGCCUGAAGGAACCCUUUACCGUCAUUUCAUGCCAGAUAAGGCUUACAUGGAUUCAAAUUGCCUCAAUGGUACCCGAAUAGAACUUAUGUUCCCAUCAUGCUGGAAUGAGACCGCAGGAGUAACUGCACCAGAUGGAAAGUCCCAUAUGGCGUAUCCUGAUCAAGUCAUGACUGGUAAUUGCCCAGCAGGAUUCGAUACUCGUCUUGUCUCGAUCUUGUUUGAAACUAUCUGGGAUACCUAUGCCUUUAAAGGUAUUGACGGAGAGUUUAUGCUUGCUAACGGUGACCCAACUGGGUACGGGUACCACGGAGAUUUCAUCAUGGGCUGGGAUGAAGAAUUUUUGCAAGAAGCUGUGGCCACCUGCACGAACCCUUCCGGGAGAAUUGAAGACUGCGCAAUAUUUGAUAUCCAAGAUAAAAGUGUUUAUGGAUCUUGCAACUUUACACUUCCAACCGCCUUGGUGGAUGAUGAUGUUGUUGGACCUAUGUCUACACUUCCCGGAAACUGCCCCGUUCAUUCAGGACCUGCUCCAGCUACUGCUAUGACUGGCGCAGCCACUACCGCCAAAACAUCAUCAGCAGCAUAUGGAACUUCACCUGCCAAGGGAUCAAGCGCGGCUACCACAACUAGCUCAUCCGCCAUCGUUCCAACCCUCUCCCACUCGGCCGGAUCAACCAUUGUCGCUUCUCUCGGACAAACAUACGUACCAGGUGGUGUUUUCGCAGCCGUCGAAUCCGGAGUUGCAUAUUCAGACUCUAGCUCAUCUACUGCCGCCGCAGACGCAACCGCAGCGGUUUCAAGCUCAGCAACUACUCUUCUCACCACCUCAUCGGCAUCUUUGUAUUCAACCUCUUACUCAACCACCACCGCGAUCUCCCCACUUAACGAAAAGGUAGAAGUCGACGAAGUAGUCUGGGUCCAGGAAGAUGUUACUAUUACCGUUACCGCCACGGCAACUACAACUGCAACUGCAAGUGGCGUUGCCAGAAGAAGACAUUUGCACGAACAUCAACAUGCAAAGAAAAGAGGAGGUCACUUCGCCUAG